AUGCAGCUGGCGGAGGAGCACACGUUCAGGGCGCCGCCAGGGAGCCCUCCUAACAGCGCCCCGCGGCAGGCGGCGCUGCUGCACGGCGAGCGCGCGCUGCAUCAGGCCGUUGAGAUGCGGCCCCGCGAGGCGCUGCCGCGCGUGAUGCUGCUGCGCAACCUGAUGAUCCAGGACCACGGUCGCGAGGCGGAUGUGCCUGGCCUGGCGCUAGAUGCGCUGCAAGAACUAGCGGCCGCAAACGGCGGCGAUGACAUCAGCUUCACCCCUGCGUUCCUGCCCGCCAUGCAGGCCGUGCUGCUUGCCUUGAAGGCCCUGUGGAAGCUGGACCAGCAGGCCCUGGUGCCAGACCUGCUGGCGGCAGCUUCCCUCCAGAUCCCCUCCAUGUCUGGCGACUUCGCCCAGCUCGCGGCCCGCGUGGAGUCGCAGCUCUGCCACUGCGGGCCGACCGCGCGGGCGGAGCUGCUGGGAAGCUACAGGUACCUGUCUUGCAUUGACCUGCAGUUCGUCAAUGGUCGCCACCACUCUGGCAGCCCUGGCCUGGAGAGCGUCGACAUGGAUCAUGUCAUUGAGGCGAUAGAGGGCGGCCUCUGUGCGAGCGGCGCCGCAUGA